UUGGCCAGCUUGGGCGAUGAAUUUUUUAUCCAAGAAUUUGUACCACGUUGAUAUCGUUGGGCCCUAAAUAAACAUUGUUGAGUGCUUAAAUUGAUCAGUUUUAGAGGUCAAGAUACUUUACGAUCAUGUUGAGGACAUUUCAAAGAUCGGUCAGGGCGAUUAGAAUGCUCGUCGCUCGUAAAACACUGGUCACCCCCAGAUUAUUUUCGAAAUGCAGAAACGUCCUCCUCUGCUCCCAGUUCUAUGACAUGGUGAAAAAGAAUAAAGAACAAGUUGAGGACAUACUUUUGCAAGCGCACGUCCAGGGCAAAGAAGGUUAUCUGGAGUUGGUGACUGUUUUAAAAGACUUCAUUUUGGAUCACUGCAAUAAAUAUCAAUUGGCUGUGCAAAAACAAAUUGAACUCACCAAACUGGCCAUGAAUUUAGAUCCACUGGAUGAGAAGUGGCACGACGUUUCUGAAUACAGAACUAAGGCUCAUGACAUACAGUACGAACUCAACGUGUAUUUAAAUAUUUUCAAAUCUAUCGGGGUCAUCAUCAAAGACAAUGAUGAACUUAAAAGAGGCGUCUUAAAAAAAUACCAUGAGAUAGAAUUGUUAUUAGAAACAGAAUUACAAAAGAGUAAAAUGUUGGACAUGGAACUUUUGGGUUUGAAUGUUGACAGCAUUAAAAAAGAUUCGCUUAGUUACCUCGGUAAUGAGUUCACAGAAGGGGAACACAGCAAGGACACGUCCUCAGAAACACAAGAACAAGACGGCGUUCAAGAACAAUCUUCAUGACACAAGCAACAAAACCAAACUAAUCAACAGUAUACAUGUCAGCGAUGUGUGUGUUAGAUGCAAAGAGAUAAUCGAAUGGAAAAUUAAAUACAAGAAGUAUAAGCCGCUAACUCAACCACGAAAAUGCGUGAAGUGCGACCAAAAAACUGUUAAAAAAGCUUAUCACGUCAUGUGUUUAGAAUGUGGGAAGAAGCUUGGACUGUGCACGAAGUGCUGUGAGGCCAAGGAGGUCGUACAGGCACCGCCGGACGAAAGGGAACAGCUUAAACUGGACAACGAAAUGAAGGCUUUGUUGCAGUCUUUGCCUGAAAGGAAACGACGGACAUUCCUAAGGUAUAUGGAGAAGAAGAAUCGGGAAAAUGUUGAAGUUAAACCGACUGAUGAGGAGCAAAAAGACGAUUUGAUGUCCAAGCUGAACGCCUUGAAGGUUGAGGAAGGUGAUGAUGAUGAUGAUGAUUUUGAUGAUUUCAGCGACUGUGAUGAAGAAGUUGAGGAUUUGAGUGGCGAAGAUUAGAAUGUAUAAUUAUUUAAGUAAAGUAUCUUUAAAACA